AUGCUCAACCAUUCGGCCCUCGCGGGCCUGCUGCUUGCCGGUGGCGUGGUAGCCCUCAUGGCCGGCUCCGCGCAGGCAGUAGGUUUCGACCUCGAGAAGGAGUGCCCUGGCAACCUGAUAGUGAACGGCGGAUUCGAGACGCCAGACCCCUCCCAGCCGGACAAAUACCCAAAGGCCCCCUGGAACACAUACAACAAGGGCUGGGGCUGGUUCACCAGCGUCCCAGGGUGGACCUGGACCUGCCUCCGCGUCGACUGGGGCCCGCCACGCGCGCUCGAGAUCCAGCGGCGCGCGGUGGCCACCGCGCCCGAGGGCAUGCAGAAUUUGGAGCUGCUGCCGAAUGCGACCGGCGUCGCGUGCCAGACGGUCAGCCUGCAGCCUGGGGCCAGCUACAAGCUGUCGUUCCAGUACGGCCGGCUGAUGACGUACGCGUGGCGCAACGCGGACAAGGGGAAGUUCAUCAAGUUCGAAACGACAGCCGACGCGAUCUACAGGGACGCGACCACCAAGGCGCCCGCGGAGGAAGGGGCCAAGGGGAAGCCCUACCCGCAGGACGCGCAGGGGUUUACUAAGCUGGUGACGGCGGACACGCGGCAGCAGAAGGAGCAGUGGCAGCGGUACGAGGCGACUUUCAAGGCGAGUGCGGCUGGAGCCCCUGCCAGUGGCAAGGUGCAGAUCGCGUUCACCACCACCAUGCGCCCCAAGGAGUGCGGCAGCUGCGGGUCUCUGCUGGACGCCGUCUGCCUGCAGAAAGCCUGA